AUGCCUGAGAGGGGCCAUACAUUAUUGAUGGCUUUGUCAUCACAAAGGAAAAAAUCCCUCUGUGAAACUGCCAGCAGAAAAGCUAUGUGUCGAUCAGGCGUGGUGACCAGGUUGAUGGCCUCACAGGAGCAGGUCUGGCCAGUCCCAAUGAAGGCAAUUGGAGCACAAAACCUUUUGACAAUGCCUGGAGGAGUGACAAAGUCAGGGUAUCUUCAUAAAAAAGGAGGCACUCAGCUGCAGAUCUUGAAGUGGCCAUUGAGAUUUGUAAUUAUCCAUGAGGGGUGUAUUUACUAUUUUAAGACCAGCACAUCUGCAUCUCCACAGGGUGCAUUUUCUUUGAAUGGUUACAACAGGGUUAUGCGGGCAGCUGAGGAGACAACAUCAAGCAAUGUGUUUCCUUUCAAGUUAGUUCACAUUAGCAAGAAGCACAGGACAUGGUUUUUUUCAGCUUCUUCUGAAGAUGAAAGAAAGAAUUGGAUGCUAUCCUUGAGGAGGGAAAUUGAUCACUACCAUGAGAAGAAGGAAACUAUAACAGAAUUCAGUGACUCUGGUUCUGAUGCAGACAGUUUCUAUGGCUCAGUAGAACGUCCCAUUGAUAUAAAGUAUUCUCAUCAUUCAGCAGAUAAUGAAGAUUAUGACCAGGAGGAAGAGGAGGAGUCUUACUUGCAGCCAGAUACUCCUGACAUAAUGAAAGAUGAUAUGGUCCUGCCCCCAGCCUACCCGCCUCCACCUGUUCCUCAUGUCAGAAAAGCUGCCUACUCAGAAUCAAGGGCAAAUUCCUUUGCUGGCAAAUCCAGUGUGCUAGUGCCACCACCACCUCCUAAAAGAAGCUUACCAAACAUCAAACUAGAGGAUCUCCUAAACACAAGAGAGCCCCAGCUACAGAGCCGAGCUGAACCAAAUGUCAAGAGUCAACCUUCAAGCCGGAGACCAAGUGAACAGCUGCCCCCUGUGCCCCCUCUACCUCUUUUCAAAAAGCCUGUGUGUACCAAAGAAUCUUACUCCUUGCCUCCAGAGCUUCUGCCUCCAGCUCAAGUUCUUGCUACUCCAGAAGGAUGUGAGAAGCUAAAAACCUUAAAUCUUUCACCACGAACUCCUCCCCCACUCCCAAACAAUAAACCUAAGCUGUCACAGCUUACUGAAAAACCAGCAGAGCCCAAAGUGCCAAGAGAACAUGGUAAACCUGGACUGUUUGUGCCACCAGUGCUCCCAAAGCCGCCUGUGCCAAGCCACCAGCCCCCUAUCAUCAAACCUAGACCAGAGAAGUCUUCCUGUCCCCAGUUACAGAGAUCACCACCAGAUGGACAGAGUUUCAGAAGUUUCUCUUUUGAAAAACCAGCACUACCCUCCAAGCCAAACCCACCCGAUGACGAUUCUGAUGAUGAGUAUGAAAAAGUUGGCCUGCCUGCUUCAAUAUUUCUUAAUACCUCUGAAUCCUUCGAAGUUGAAAGGACAUUUAAAGCUAGUAGCCCACGGGGACAACCGCAAAAUGGACUUUACUGUAUUAGGAAUUCAUCUACUAAGCCUGGAAAGGUGUUGGUUGUAUGGGAUGAAUCUGCAGAAAAAGUGAGAAACUACAGAAUCUUUGAAAAGGAUUCCAAGUUUUACCUGGACUCAGACAUCAUGUUUUUGAACAUGGGAAGCUUGGUGGAAUACUAUAGCACUCACAUCUUACCUAGUCAUGACAGCCUGAUUCUUCGGUGUCCUUAUGGUUACUCUAAACCAAGGUGACAUAACUGGUGUAAUUCACUGAUGCCAAGGACAACUGGAUUCCCUACUGCCCUUGAAUUGAAUGUGGGGUACUGCCACUGUUGGACAUUCCAUUAUUUGCACACAGAAACUGA